AUGCCCCAUCACAAAUCGGAGCCAAAGUUUGAGAAACGCUCCAACUUCAAUGAGAUCAACGAGAUAUGCGAGCUGAAGAACUGCAACAAUGUGGUCUUCUUUGAAGCUCGCAAAAGAGAAGACUUGUAUUUAUGGGUUGGAAGAGUCCCUUCUGGUCCGACGUUCAAGUUUCAGGUGCUAAACAUCCACACCACGCAAGAAGUUCGGCUGGCUGGAAACUGCUUACUUGGUUCCCGUCCAAUCUUGUACUUUGACAAAAGCUUCAAUGAGGUGUCAUACCUCAAGCUUGUCAAAGGCCUAUUCACCCAGGUUUUCGGCACUCCCCGAAACCACCCGAAGAGCAAACCGUUCCAUGAUCACAUCAUGUGCUUCUACUGGUUAGACAAGAAGAUUUGGUUCAGACACUACCAAAUCUCACCCGAAACACCAGAUGAUAGUAACAAGCCCGAGAAGCAGGUGCUCACCGAGAUUGGACCUCGGUUCGUGCUGGACCCGAUCCGGAUCUUGGGAGGAAGCUUCAACGGACAAACGCUGUUUUUGAACCCGCACUACAUGUCGCCGACAGCUUUACGCGUUCAGGCAAGAAAGCUGCUGAAGAAUCCUUACGUGAAGAAGCUGAAUGAGAAAGCGGAGAGAGAGGAGCGCAAGAAGGCAAACCAGUUGCCUGAAGAUCCCAUAGACGACACCUUUGAGUGA